UUUAGCUCUGUAGCAAUAUAGAUUGCCUGAGCAAGCUUUGGCUUUAGAUUCCAAUAAAGAUUGCUUAAGCAGGUUUGGCUUGUGACACUGGUCAAGUAAAGAAUAAGAGGAGCCACGUAGGCUCAAAAGACAGGGAAAUGGGUAAGGAACGUGCUUAACGUGAUUAUCCUCCUAAGGUGUACCUAUAGGUUGGCAAUUGGUGAUUGGUGGAAGGGAGGUGUACCUAUAGGUUGGCAAUUGGUGAUUGGUGGAGAAAUGUGUACCUACAGUAUAAGAAUGCCUGCCAAAUGCCAUGUAUUUACAGCCAGUCUUUCAGAAUUUAUUCUGCUGGUUGUCUCUGUGCACAGAUAAUAAACUGCUUUUCUCCAAAGAAGAUUUUGCUUUCCUGGUACUUUUGUUCCCUCCAAGGUCCGGGGAUGGCGUGGCUGAUGGAUCCCUAGGUAAAUAAGGCUUCAUUUCUUUGGGGGCUCGUCCGGGAUAAGCCCCCUCCCCAAAUACGGACCGGAGGGCCAGGCUCAACCAAGGUGAACAGCUCAGCAGCGUUUGCAGGCUUCAGCGCGCACCCCGCCUGUUUCGUGGGGGAAGCCGGCCACACUGUCCUGUAGUGGAGACAUCUUGUUGAGGGAGAAAAACAAAGAGGACGGCGCCGAGGGGACAGGUCCGCAGCGGAAAACGGUAAGCCCAAGGGAAAAGGGCGUGGGCCCAAGGGAAAAGGGCGAGGCCUGAUCAGCCUCAACUGGUUGUGCAGUAGAGUGCCGCCAGUAAGGUUUGGUAAAAAGGGAAACAGGGGGAAAUUAUUUUGGUGUAUUUAGUGUGUUACAUGUUGAAAUUAUAUUGGUGUGUUUUGUAUGUUGUAUGUUGCAUGUCAGAUACUCUAGUGACUGAAUUGUCAAGUGUGGGCCAGGGCUUAGUGUCCCCCUUGGCCGAGCGAUUGUAGGGCUGUAGUGUGUGGAGUGUGAAAGAAUUUACAACCUGUUAGGAGCAGAGUAUCUGGAAAAAAAAAAAAAAAUGGGGUCUGGGGCAAGCCAAUGUAGUCCUCUGGAAUGUUUUUUAAACAACUGGAAAGCAGCCACAAAGCAUGAUGAUUGGGGAAUCAAAUUGAGAAGACAGAGGAUGAGGACAUUGUGUGAAGUUGAUUGGCCCCAACAAACUAAUUGGCCAUCGGAGGGCAGUCUUAAUUUGCAACUAAUCAGCCCACUAUAUCAAAAUAUCUUGAAUGUCCACCCAGACCAGAUCCCUUAUAUUUCUACUUGGAAAACCAAUGUAGAAAAGAACCCACCGUGGUUGAAAGCCUGCCGAGGCGACGCCCCACAAAGUACAGUUUGUGCAGUUCGACCGGCAGGGAAGUUAGAAAGGCCCCCAGUGAUACCAGACCCAGAAGAUGAGGAGGGAGGAAUUAUUAAACCACCUCCACCCUAUGCUCCACCAACUGCCCCUCAGGCAAUUCCACCAGGCCCAGGUCCCCAGGCACUGGGAGGAGCUGGCCCCCAGCCCAAACCCAAGACUGAUGAGUCAGAAGGAGAAGAGGAUGAUGAGGAUGAAGAGUUUGUAGAAAGAUUAGUCAAGCUGACAAAUAAUAACAAGACAUGGACAGAGGAGCAGGCAGAACGUUUAAGGAAGUAUGUGGAACCUUAUGCAAAAGAAGUGGAUGUCAGCCACUAUUUGUUAAAGGCAGCGGAAUGUACAGGGCAACAUAAAAGGAAGUGGCAGAGAGAGUGGGGAAGGGCGGCGAAAAGAGUGACCCUCCAUAGGGCACAUAAAGCACAGAAAAAGGGCGCGGCCAGAGUGAUGCCUCUGCGUAGAGUGUAUGACCCUCCGGCCCCUGCGGGACCUAACGGGGUGGUGCCCAAUAGAACUUAUACAGUUCAACAUGUCCCCUUCUCUAGUGCAGAUGUUUGUAAUUGGAGGAACCAAAACCCUUCAUUUGAGGAAAACCCAGCAAAAAUAAUAAAGCUGUUUGAGGGAAUUUUCGAAACCUACAAUCCGACUUUUGAUGAUGUGCAAUAUUUGAUGGAUGCCCUGCUAACUACAGAAGAGGCUAGGCGAAUUCAUGCUGAAGCCCGAGCACACAUGAGAGCGCAGGGGGCAGGAGAUCAAGCUGUUGCAACAGGAUAUCCUGAAAAUACACCGAAUUGGGAUUAUCAGACCACUGAGGGGCAAAACGCCCUCACCACUUAUCGCCAGAAUGUCUUAAAUGGCAUGAGAAGGGCAGCCAGGAAGCCUACUAAUUUUGCCAAGAUCAGGGAGAUAAUGCAAGGGAGUGAGGAGCCCCCAGGCGCCUAUCUGGAAAGACUGAAGGAAGCCUACCGCCAGUAUACCCCUGUGGACCCAGAUGAGGCUGUCAAUGCCCCUAUCAUAAAAACUGCCUUUGUAGCUCAGGCAGCACCCGAUGUCCGCCGAAAAAUCCAGAAACACGAGGCUUUCAUGGGCCACACCCUUGAGUGGAUGCUAGAAUUGGCUCAAACCACUUAUAAUCAGAGGGAGGAAGAGGCACAAAAGAAGAAAGAGAAAUAUCAAGCAAAAAAGUUGAUGGCAUUACAGGCUACCACACCCACCCCUCAUAAAAGAGGAAGCACCCAGGGAGGAGGACAAGGCCGUCUGGGGAGGAACCAGUGCGCCAUCUGCUGGCAGGAAGGGCACUGGAAAAGAGAAUGCCCACAGGCUCACUUAGAUGGAAGAGGACGAGGAGAACGAGUCCCAGGGCCAAACCCCGUGGGAUCUGGACAGGAACUGAGACCCUGGACAUUGGCGAAUGUUGGCAGGGGUAGAGGACAAGGACAGGGACCCCCCUGGCACCCCCCAACCCAAAGACAGCCCGGCGCAAUGAGCCUGAGAGAGAAAGAAGAAGAAUAUUAGGACAGACCGGGCCCAGCUGAUUUAGGUUCCCGUGAGCCCAUGGUCAAAAUACAAACAGGGAGCCGAACCAUCCCCUUCAUGGUUGACACCGGAGCCGCCCACUCUGUUUUGCCAGUACCAGUAUCCAAGCCCACCAAGCAAACAAUUAAUAUAAUAGGAGCUACAGGCAAAUCACAAAGAGCCCCAUUCCUGCAAUCUGUUGCUUGUAGCUUGGGCGGUCAAGUGGUCCAACACAAGUUUUUGUAUAUACCGGAGUGUCCCAUCCCAUUAUUGGGCCGAGACCUGCUAUCAAAAUUACAAGCCCAGAUUUCUUUCCAACCAACGGGAGAAGUAACAAUGACCACAGGGCCAGCAGGGGAAUUCUCCUUAGAGGUACCCUUAAGGGAACAUUGGCGCUUAAUGAUGGUAAAAGAAGAGGAGGGGAUUAUUUCAGAGGACCUCCUGCAAGAAGUUACCCCUGAUGUGUGGGCAGAAAGCAACCCGCCCGGAAUGGCAAAGAACAUCCCACCUAUAAUAGUCAAGCCCAAGCCAUUCGCCAACCCUGUGGCUGUGAACCAAUAUCCUAUCCCCCGAAGAGCUGCGGAGGGAGUAUGGGUACAUUUGGAACGGUUACUUCGCCAUGGCAUCCUGAGACAGUGUCAAUCUCAGUGGAACACCCCACUCUUGCCGGUGAAGAAGGAAGAUGGCACGUACCGUCCAGUCCAAGACCUUCGAUUGGUCAACCAGGCCGUGGAAACCCUCCACCCCAAUGUGCCCAAUCCUUACACGCUGCUGAGUCUAAUACCUCCUACUGCAUGUUGUUUCACAGUAUUGGACUUGAAGGAUGCAUUUUUCUGCUGCCGCCUGGCAGAGGAAAGUCAGCCCCUGUUUGCAUUUCAAUGGACAGAUCCAGGAACAGGCACCAGGGUGCAAUACACGUGGACAAGGCUUCCACAAGGCUUCAAGAAUUCUCCAACCCUUUUUGGGGUAGCAUUGGCAUCGGACUUGUCUAGCUUCCCCACCAGCCCACGCAGAGUCUUGUUGCAGUACGUGGAUGAUCUUCUUUUGGCUUGUUCAGACAAAGACACGUGUAUGGAAGCCACCAAGGACUUGCUGAACCAUCUGGGUGAAGCGGGAUACCGAGUAUCUAAGAAAAAAGCCCAAAUAUGCCAACCUACCGUGAAAUAUCUUGGAUUUGAUAUAUCUUAUCAGCAACGGACCCUAAGGGAAGAGAGGAAGCAAGCCAUUACCCAGAUUCCAAAACCAAAAAAUCGCAGAGAACUUCGUGGCUUUCUGGGAUCGGCAGGAUUCUGUAGAAUAUGGAUACCAGACUACAGCACAAUUGCCAAGCCUCUGCACGAAUCAACCAGAGGGACGGAAAAGGACCCCUUUGUGUGGGGAGAAGAGCAGCAACAGGCCUUCCAGGAUUUGAAAAGGGCAUUGCAACAAGCACCAGCGCUGGGUAUCCCAAAUCCAGAAAAGCCUUUCUCCCUGUUUGUGGAUGAAGACCAGGGAACAGCAAAGGGAGUGCUAUGCCAAAAACUGGGAAGCUGGCAACAGCCUGUGGCAUACCUAUCUGAGCGCCUGACACCUACAGAACAAGGUUUACCGCCAUGUAUGAGAGCAGUUGUGGCAGUAGCUACCCUACUGAAUAAGGCAGACAAAUUUACUUUUGGCCAAGACACUGUUUGUGUGACCCCGCAUGCAGUCCCAGCUCUGCUCGACAUGAAGGGUACCUAUUUCCUCUCCCAAGCAAGGAUGAGAAAGUGCCAGAUGCUGUUGUUGCACCCGCGUUUGAAGUUCCAGGUUACUACCGCCCUCAACCCAGCUACCCUGUUACCGGUAGGAGAAGGUGAGGAGCAGACGCACGAUUGCAUUGAAGUGAUGGAUGAAGUAUAUUCCAGCAGACCUGACCUAAAAGAUGAGGCAAACCCCCACUGGCCUUCAUGGUUUGUGGAUGGAAGCAGCUUUGUCGAGGCUGGACAGCGGAAAGCAGGCUAUGCAGUGGUAGCCCUGGAAGACCAGGUGAUCGAAGCAAAAUCACUCCCGCCUGGAACAUCGGCCCAGCUGGCAGAGCUAACUGCGCUUACCAGAGCCCUGAACCUGGCAAAGGGACAGGAGAUAAACAUUUAUACAGAUUCUAAGUAUGCAUUCCUGACUUUACAUGCCCAUGGAGCCUUAUGGAAAGAAAGAGGUUUGCUUACCUCCAGAGGAAACCAGGUGGCCCACCCACAAGCUCUAUUGAACCUUCUGGAUGCUGUAUGGGAGCCCGAGGCAGUGGCAGUUAUCCAUUGCUAUGGCCACAAGACUGGACCAGGGGAAGUGGCCAGAGGAAACCGAUUGGCAGACAGAGUAGCCAAGGAAGCAGCCCAAGAACUGGCCCCCGCCUCGGUUAUUGGAGCACUGGUCCCAGAAGAGAUUUUAAGCACCGCUGACAAGCCAGCUUACACAAAGCAGGAAAAGGACACUGCAGACGCCCAGGAACUGACAUUGUCCAAAGAAGGAUGGUACCUUACCCAUGAUGACAGGAUAUGGAUUCCAGAGUCUCUUUCUCGGCAGAUAAUUCAGAGAUAUCAUGGUUCAACCCACAUAGGACCCGAUGCUACAACCAAGCAGCUGGGGAAGUGCUUCUAUAUAGCCCACCUCUACCAACUGGCAGCCCAGAUCUCCAGGAAAUGCCUGCUAUGCCAAAAGAAUAAUCCCAGAGCCGGACCACUGGCUCCCCCAGGGAGUCAGCAUAGUGGAACUGCACCUAUGGAAGAUCUUGUCGUGGACUUUACUGAAUUACCCCGUUGUGGACUACACCGCUACCUGCUGGUGGCAGUGUGCACCUACACCGGAUGGGUCGAAGCAUGGCCAACAAAGACUGAAAAGGCAUUUGAAGUAACCAGGUGCCUGCUUAGGGAAAUCAUCCCUCGCUAUGGAUUGCCAAGGUCCAUAGGAUCUGAUAAUGGACCAGCAUUUGUUCACGCAGUCCUACAGGGACUGGUAAAGGCGCUCCAGAUCAACUGGAAGCUGCAUACUGCUUAUAGACCCCAGAGUUCUGGAAAGGUAGAGAGAAUGAACAGAACUCUAAAGAAUCAGCUGUCCAAGCUGACGCAGGAGACCGGGUCUAAUUGGGUGGCCAUGUUGCCCUUGGCAUUGCUCAGGGUCCGCAGCCUCCCGUCAAAGCGGACCCAUUUGUCACCAUUUGAGGUUUUGUUUGGGAGACCAGUCCCCUAUGUUAGAAUGUUAACUCCAUAUGCUAGCCAAGAUAUGCAAUUGAAUAACUAUGUACAGUCACUCUCCCAAGUUCUCUCCUGUUUCAAACGCGUGCAUAUGCACAUCCUGGGAGCUACAGGUCCCAGCACCCUUAAACUACAGUUCCCAGCUCCCUUGACACACUGCGCUUUCCAGAGCCCCGAAGAAACUACAGUUCCCGACGCCCUUAACAAACUGUAG